ACGAGCAACAAGCAACAGGGUACGAACUUGAUGCACAUCAGCUACCACGCCGCUACAUUAUGCGACACGUCUUGCUUAUACAAACAAAUAUUAAAUAUACCAAUGCUUUAGCAAAGAUACAAUUCGAGGAAAGCUUUAUAGUUUUGCAUCAAAAUGUGCGACCAGUCCGUUUGCAGAGGAUUUAGGAUGGAUCUAAAAGCCUUUUUAAGAAGAUCUAAAAGCCUUUGAUAAGACUGCUAUUACUAAUAUCUUUAACUAUAAGUCGUUUUUUACAAACAGUGUGGUGAUGGAAGUGCAGCGAGGGAGUCCUCGCCAGUCGCUCUGGCGUCUGGUCGAGGCGCAGGUUCCUCGGUCAGAGCUGCCGGAGGUGCGAGCGGCGCUGGGACAGUCCCUGGUCGACAUGUACACAGAGGUCCACUCCGAGCUGGACAUGUGGCUGGGAAUAUGGCGAGAGAUCAAGCAAGGUGGUAACUGUGGCAGCAGGCCGGAGACCCCACGCAGUCCUCUGGCGGACCCCCCUGUGGGCAAAGAGCUGCUGAGGGGGGAGGUCAGGAUGUUACUGCAGUCCAUCAGAGAGAGAGCCUGCAGGGAGGGGAGAGAUGGUGAGGAGGUCUGGUCGCGGUACGACCCUGACACAGUGAACUAUGCCCUGGGUCGCUCCACAGACCACAGCCGCAGUGUCCCUGGGAGCAGCACCCCACCGCCACAAGGAAGCAGUGUUGGUGAUGAGCUGGAGGCUGUGAGGGACCAGUUGAACGUGGUCCACAUAGACCGGGUGGUGGAGCAUCUUCGGUGCGUUCUAACACAGGACUGUGAGGCAUUAAAGAGGCUGUUGCUUUGGGUUCAGGAGGAUAUUGAGCAACAAUACAGGAGUCAGUGCCAGAUCAAAGACAGAGAACCAACGUUCACAGAGCUGAGAGAACAGAGGAGAGUGAUCCAGAUGGAUUUAGAUCUUCCAAGUCCCCUCCUUCCCCGCCCCCUCUCAUCUUCCUCCUCCUCCUCCUCCUCCUCCUCUUCCUCUGUGUCUUCCCCGCCACCCAACAGCCAAAGGUUUACAAACCCUUCCAGAUCUUCAGCUGGACUUGGGACCCCUCACCCCAGGGCUGGCCCCCCAGACCUGAGACCCCGCCCACCGGACCAGAGACUCCGCCCACUCUCCUCUCUGUCACUCGUUAAGCCGAGCCCGCCGCCCUGGGCUCCCCCGACGAGGCCCCGCUCUGCGUCGUCGCUGCGGCCCCCCCGGGGGUCCUCUUCGACCAGGACUGGAGAUCUGCAGCCUGGCGCCCUGCUGCCCCACCCCAGUGAAGCAGCUCUCAGACCAGCAGCGACCAGCACCCAGAGGGGCGCCAGAAGGCAGAUCUGUCCCCGUAGUCUGAGUGUGGAUCAGAGGCACAAUGCCAAGGGCGGCGAGAACAAUGUAUCCCCGGUGUCGGACGUCACUCACGGGGACCAAAGGGAGAGAAACACAGAUCUCAAUGCAUUAUCAAUGACUUUUGGAGAAGGAGAAGACGGCACAAGGAGAGAUAUCACCAAUGGUGGUCUGUGUAACACUAUGAAUCACUAUUUAAAGUCUGUGACUGAGGAUUCACACACACCAAAGGAUGAUGAUGAUAGAAGGAGUAUGGUUGGUUCAGUGGCUUGUCCAAUUAGAGCCAAUCAGGGACAGACCAGCAGUGCUGUAUUCCUCACUAAACCGUUCCAGCCACUACCUCCUACAGUACCAAAGCUGACCACCGGAGAGCGCCAUUUAGUCAGACGCAUUUCGUUGAAGCACGAAAAGGUGCUUUACAUACAAUGAAUGUAUAGAUUUUUAUCAACUUUAUGCGAGUCAUAUUGUCAUUGCACUGACAAUUUGGUCAAUAAAGUUGUCUAAUAUUUCCAUU